AAAAUGGGAAACACUGAUGGCAGUUUUAGUUUUAUUGUUGACAAAGAUACUCCUCUCUACUUGCAAAAUGGAAACUGUGUUUCAGAUCGCAGCUAUUUUCUAUCUUUUGAUGAUGAGAGGAUCAUCUACAAACUGAAUGGUGUUCUCCUGGGCGAGGUUAUUCACCUAAGAGACAGAAAUGUUGGAAUGUAUACAGCUGCAUGUUAGCUUUAGUAAAAUAAAACCCUUAAAAACAGCAUCUUGGUUAGAAAGCAAAAAAGAGCUGCUGCAACAAAGAGACAAAGAUUCAAAGACAGUCACAGUAGCAAUAAAUGUGUGACCAGAAACUGUAUGUAAGACCGGCAUGGUGCUGCUUUGUGGUGAGAUCACAUCUCGGGCCAACGUGGACUAUCAGAAGGUAGUGAGGGAUGCCAUCAAACAUAUUGGGUACGACAACUCUGAAAAAGGUUUCGACUAUAAGACGUGUAAUGUGCUGGUGGCUCUGGAGCAGCAGAGUCCAGACAUCGCUCAGGGGGUCCACAUUGACAGACAUGAAGAGGACAUUGGAGCAGGAGACCAGGGUCUGAUGUUCGGCUAUGCCACAGAUGAAACAGAGGAGUGCAUGCCUCUCACAAUCGUCCUAGCCCACAAGCUCAACUCAAAGAUGGCUGAACUCAGGCGCAAUGGCACAGUGCCCUGGCUGCGCCCUGACUCUAAAAUACAGGUGACUGUACAUUAUGAACAGAAGGAUGGAGCCGUGGUGCCUAAAAGAGUUCACACCAUCGUCAUUUCUGUCCAGCAUGAUGACGGCGUCUCUCUGGCGGAGCAGCAGAGGGUCCUGAAGGAGAAGGUUAUAAAAGCUGUGGUUCCUGCCAAAUAUCUUGAUGAUAAAACCGUGUAUCACCUCCAGCCAAGCGGACGUUUUGUCAUCGGAGGACCACAGGGUGAUGCUGGUGUUACAGGAAGAAAGAUUAUUGUAGACACAUAUGGAGGCUGGGGAGCUCAUGGCGGAGGGGCCUUCUCUGGGAAAGACUUCUCAAAAGUGGACCGCUCUGCUGCCUACGCCGCUCGCUGGGUAGCCAAAUCUUUGGUCAAAGCCAAACUGUGCAGGAGAGUUCUGGUUCAGGUGUCUUAUGCUAUUGGUGUGGCCCAUCCUCUGUCCAUCUCCUUGUUUACAUACGGCUCCUCCAAGAAAACAGAGUCUGAACUGCUCAAGAUUGUCAACAAGAACUUUGAUCUGCGCCCAGGAGUCAUUGUCAGGGAUCUGCAGCUGAAGAGGCCCAUCUACCAGCAGACGGCUGCUUACGGCCACUUCGGACGACCAGAGUUUUCCUGGGAGGUUCCUAAAAAGCUUGUCUUUUAAAAACUCCACCUUCCUCGUCCUGAUUAACCAUCUUCUAGAGUGACCAUGAUGCCUGUUUAUGGACCGUAAUGUCCAAAUCAUUCAGGUGCAUAACCCAUUCAGACCAGCCUUUUAAAACCUUCAGAAUCCAUUUUACCUCCUUUGGACAAUAUUGAAAUUAUUGAAAACUUCUGCAGAGGAUUAACCUCUUGCUUUUCUACUGUGUAUUAGCUGAGUUAAGUGCCUAAUGUCUGAAUGGGUUACUAAAACCAAAGUUAGGAAAAGUUUGAAUUUGCUUAAGGACAAUUCAAGUGGUAGGAGAUUCUUUCAUGGGAUCAACUUUAAGGGUAAGGGUGGUCCAAAGUCAAUUAUAAAGCCUGUUUCACAACAAACAAACAAUCUAAAGAUUUCUACAACUACCUGGGAAAUAUAUAUAUUUUUUAAGCUGGCAGUCUAAUGCAAUGAAAACACCUCAGAUGUUCAUCGUAACUAGGUGUUCUAAAAAGCCACAACAUGUUUUUUAUUGGAUUAAUGUCACAAACCAACCAAGUGAGGUUGCUCUUGUUGUUACUGUGCCUCUGUGAUAACUACAGUGUUGUCUCUGAGUCGGGUUUGUUAUGCUUGCAGCAGGAAGCCGUUUGUACUGCUACUGUACAAUCAGCAUUAUACAACAAAGGAAGUCAUUAAAAAAGAAUGGAGCAAG